AUGACUUAUAAUCAAUCAUGAUUUUAUGAAUAGGGAAUAUGAACUUGACGACACUGACAGAUUGUAAGCGCCAGCACAGAAAGUACUGACUACAAACCGACACAACAUGUUAAAAAUGUCAGCACUAUAAAUUUGGGAAAGUUGUGAAACUGAAAGUUAAAAUAAAAAUAGAAUACAGUUUAUUCAUUGUUAUUGUCAUCCCAACAGCAGACUCCAGACAUAAUAAUUUGUUCAAUCUGGAUAACAACAAAUACUUGAAACUGUCAUCAAGUUUAAAUAGGGAAAUAGGAAACCGACAUUGAUUUUAAAUGACAUGACAUCAUGUUUUUCGGGUCAAAUAUUGUUCUAAGAAUCCAUGAAUGUGUUGGCUUUCCAUUUAGAGACGAGGAAGAUAAUAACUGUUGUUGUGUUGCACCUUCUUAUUCAUUAUAAUCAGACGAAUCUAUCUAUUCAGUCCAGGUUACAAUGUAGGUUAACAUAGUAUACAUCGGAGUGUAAAUCGUUUAUUUGAACAGUUGCAGAAAAAUAUAAAGAUGAAAUAAGACCUUUUAGAGUUGUUGUUGUUUGGAGGUAUAUGUAAAACCUUGGAAAUAUGAACGUGUACACAGUCUUGGUGGUUUUAUUGAGUUUUCAUAUGGCUGAGACUGUCUGUAAACAAGAAUGUGGUUUUUACUGUUUUUGUAAAGUUCAGGGAAAUCCAUGUGCAGAAUUGUGGGCGGAACACUGUUAUGUUUUUAUCAACAGUACUGUAAACAUCACCUGUCAAUUGGAUGUAUCUUAUAAAGAAGGGAAUUCUAGUUCUUUGUUCUUCACAAGAGAUAAAAUACCACUGAAAAACACACAUAUUAUAGUAGUCAACGAGACAACAGCAGUAUUACAACAUGUUGUUACAACUGAUGACAUUGACAAUAAUAUAUACUGUAAAGCGACAAAUGCACCCUUAGUACAUGGGCACAAAAUCCCAUAUGCGAAGAUUGAAUUGACGUAUAUAGAUUAUUAUCCACAAGAAAUAGUAAACUUCUCAUGUAUUUGGGAAGGUUUUGAGGCAAGUUCAUUACAGUGCUUCUGGAAACACCCUGUACAGUACAAACUGAAAUACUUGGAAGUUUCGUUAGAAUGGAAAAAUGAUAGCGACAAGCCAUUCAAAAAUACUUGUUCUGGAGUAAUUAACAAGACGAGAUGUGCAAACAUACAAGGGAACAUACACGGACUAAAUCAAUUCUUUAGAAUAAAUGUUACAAACACGAUAUUAAAUACAACAACGACUACACUGAUAGAGAAUCGAUAUCCGAAUGAUAUAGGAAAUUUAUAUGCUAAACCUUACAAAAUGGAAAACUUGACGAUUCUGGAGAAAAAUACGACUGUCAUUCAAAUUAAAUGGGACACAAAAAAGCCUGCUACAAACGAGGAUAAUACACCUAGAAUGGAAUUCACAAUCAAAUACAUUGUAGAAAAUGAGAAAAGAGCGGUGAAAUCCUUCAAGACAUCAGUGCUGAUUCCGGACUUACAAAUAUACUCUUUGUAUCAGUUUGAAGUGUUUGCCCAUUAUACAGACAUAUUAACCCACACAAAACCUAUAGGUUUACCAAGUGAUUCAGUAUAUCUACAGGCAAGAACAGCCGAAGACAUUGCAAAAUGUCCUCCCAGAGUGACUGUCGGAGCUUAUGAACAUGCAGAAGAAGUUAAUUCAAAUUUCAGAAACAUUACAGUUUAUUGGCAGAAUUUCCACGAGAUGAAUAAAAAUGGACCGAUCGUGAAAUUUGAUGUGAUACUUGAAUCUACUGGAGGUGAACCUAUUUCCCAUAGUGUUGCUUCAUCUACCGCGUCACACUAUACAUUUACACAUAUGCAGUCUGUGAAAAAUGGCAGUGUAAGGAUAAAAGCAGGAACAACAGUUGGAAUGUCUGAUCCUAGCAAUCCAGUUUACAUCCAAAAAGCAAACAGCAUACAGCCUCCAGACUUUUUACUUGAAAAGUUAAGCACAGACAUCGCGGGAAACCAGACAUAUUUGAUAUCGUGGGAAACCAGAUAUUUAAAAGGAUUAACAAAUUAUACUAUUUACUGGUGUGAAAGAACGAAUGGGUGUGAGAAACAUAUUCAAUGGAAAACUAUCUCAGUUGAAGAAACCUCGUAUACUGUACAUUUGAAUAAAGAAAAGAACUACUUAUUUGGUGUUUCAAUGGAUAGUGAAAACGCAAGUACAGGAUUCUCAUGGAAAAGUUGUUAUUACAUGAGAAAUGAAGUUCCACCAAAACCAAACAGUGUAAAUUUACAGAAUCGUGAACAACAAUCAAUAACAGUUACUUGGACAAGACCUGGGACAUGUGAACGUUCACCUUUUGUAAAAUCUUAUAUUUUACUUUGGUGCCAAUUUGCCAAAACAGAUGCUGAAUGUAUAUUUGGUACAAAUACCUCUACGAGAGUCAACACAUCUAUAACUGAAGUACAAAUGCAAUAUACAAUAAGAAACCUUAAGAGUGGAACUGGGUAUGUUGUUUGGUUAAUGGCUGUGUCGUCUGCUGGAAAACAAAGCGUAGAAGGGGAGAAAAAUUACAAUGUUACAACAAUGGAACCAGCACAGCCCGAAACAAGUUUUGAAUACUUUGGAGUUGCAAUUGGAAUACCUGCAGCUUUUAUACUGUUAGUGAUCAUAAUACUAGUAGCACAGAUCAGGUUUGAUUUGUGUGGAAAGAUCAAGGAAAUAAUAAAACCGUUUGACAUAGAUGUUCCAACAAUUAGUAGGAAUGACAAAAGUGGAAUGUACAAGCCCUGCACGUUAAAAUUGGAUUUAAAUGGCCACGACAAUAAAGCAUUGGAUCUUUCAAGUGAACAAAACACCCACCAUGUACAAACUAUAAGUGAAUCAGUGUUUAACGAAGAACUGAUCGGCUGGAGUUUGAACAGUCAAACAUUUACCAUCGGUGGAACUAAUUUGAACACUAAUCAACAUGCUGAGACAGGAUAUUGUUCCCCCGACGAUUUAAUUGGAUGUGACAAUCUGAAUACUUCCAUAGAAAACAAAAGGUCUUUGUCCAUACCAGAUGAUUCAGGACCAGAGCAUUCGGAAAGUUCAUCGUUUCCUAUUCCCUGUCUUACACUUCAACAUGAAGAGAAGUCCAACCAUAGACAUGAAGACAUCCUAGAAAGAUUUGCUUCAAGUUCUUUAAAUAAUUUUGAGAAUACCAGCAGCCAUUUGUCACAUCCAUCUCUCAGCAUACAAAAUAACGAAAUUCAAUUAGAAGUGGAUAGUGAAGAAGAAGAAAUUCAAGGUGACAACAAAGGUGAUAGUAUUCAAAACAACCACCAAACAGCAACAUCUUCAAAUAGUGGAUAUGUUUCUAAUAAAUGUUUCCCUGUCAAACCAGCUGACCUUUUGAGUUCAGGGAUUGGAACCUGCUCUCCCGUAGAUAGUGUAAAUCGUUCAACUGAAAAUAUAUCAGUUAGCCAGCAAAACAACUCUCGGGAUUUAACCAGUGGGUAUAUAGCACACCUUCCCUUACAGAUAUAUCAUGGAAGCGAUUCGUUAGUGGGAGAUUGUAAAAGUAAUAGUUCAUCGGAGUCAAUGGAAUUUCUUGAUAAAAGGAGUUGUCAUGCCAAAGGAAUCGAUGGUAAAACCUCGAUUAACAUUGUUGAAGAUCAAGACUAUUCUGUGCUACACAGCCAUCCGUUGCUAUAUCCUGAUGAGUCUCCAUCUAUAACACCACCAUUAUUGAUAAGUACAAAUAAUAAUUUAACGUUGAGUUGUGAUGAUAACGUUGAACAUGUUCAUAAUCCAAUACAUUCAAUCAAAAAUAACCUAGCGAAUGAUUUAAGCCAUCUAAUAUUAGAAAGCAAAACAAAUAAUGGAUCACAAAUCAUGCCAGAGUUUCUUCUUCCAGCGACACGUAAUACCAGCAAUGAUGAAGAAGUGGUCUUAGAAACAUCAUCAAACGAGAAUGGCAAUGACAUCAUAAAUUCUAGUACUAACAACAAUAUAGAUGGAUACGUAAGUCACCAUUACCUUGUGAAACCACAUAGUAGUGGUUAUGGCAAUAAUCUAUGCGAUGCUAACGUUCAAGGUGAAAUCACAUGAUUUUCUUUAGCAAUGGAUAUUUCAUUUUUCACAGCUAAAGACACAAGGCAAAAGAAGUAUUCCAUCACAAAUGAUACCACAGAUUAGCUUCCAUGCAAUAUACAUUGUGUAGUUUAGAGACUAUUUUUUUUCAACAAUAGAUACGUCGUAUGUUGUUGAAAUAGUCAUGAAAUACUCGACAAAAUGGCAAUGACAUUGAAGUAUAAGUACCGCUUAAAGUUAUAAGGUCGAUACUUUCGUUGAGUGAUCUUCCGAAAGAUCAAAUGGGUAGUUAUCACAACAAGGUAUGGGAGAAAAACGUUUAUGAUAAAAAAUUAUACACGAACAAAAUCAAUAUUCCACCUUUUAAAUUAGUUGGUAAAUUAAUAAGUGGUUAGUUUAUCAAUAAAUGUUAACAAUUCGUUAACUAUCACAAUUUUCUUGAUCAUUACUUUUACCACCAAUAACCUUUUUAAUGUUUAAACGUAUAUCAAUGAUGUAAAACCAAUAUUUUCGUUUGUUUAUGUAUCGUGGAGGAUAAUCAUUGCAUUAUUUAAACCGUACAGACCCAUGUUUGUCUUGGAUUGCAUUGUCUUCGUCUAUUGUUUCAUAUAGUACAAUAUAUUUCAUUAAUCCAUCUCUUACAUGAGGGAGUAGAGAAUACUCUUUUGAAUGUUUUUCAAAUGUUUUAAACAGUUUAUUUCAAAAUAUCAAAAAGAGUUUCAUACUUUGCUAUUGAUACCCUUGUAAUGGGUGGGUAGAGAAAGUACGGCUUUCAGUUUCUGACCCAGCUAUUGUAGAAUCUCAACCAAAAAUGGUAUGUUUUUUAUUUGGUGUACAACAUAACUGCUAAAAAACACCAGUAAUGCUCCUACAAAAUAUUCAGAAAGGCAUCUCAGUUAAAGAGGUGUAAAUCGAUACUUGGCAAUAGGAAAGAUGAUUGUAUUGUUUCAGGUAAUCAUUAUUAAUCAUUAUGGCAUAUUUUAACACUUUUAUAUCAUGGGCCUUUUCUGUUUAUUGAACAUCUUUUUAAUGGCAGCCAGUUUUACAACUUUUAUGAACAAAUGAUUUUUAUUACAAUGUACAGUUUUACAAAUUCCAUGAUUUUGUAUUUCCAUUUUGUAGUAAUCUAGUUUUUUUUAUAUAUGUCAAUGUCUUACAGUUUCUAUGUUAAUUUGAAAAGUGUGCAAAGACAAAGUUUUAUUUUUUAUGUCUUUAAUCGGUUGAUUCAAUUUAACAGAUAUAUGUGUGUGUUCUGUAGAUACAGUUACGGGUACAUUUUUCAUGGUACCGAUCAGAAUGGCAAUAUAUAAUAACACGUGAUUUGUGCAGUCGAAAAAGGUAAAAUUACUAAAAUACUGAACUCCGAGGAAAAUUCAAAAAGGAAAGUCCCUAAUCAAAAGUCAAAAUCAAACACAUCAAAUGAAUGGAUAAUUAUUGUCAUAUUCCUGCCUCAGUAUAGGCAUUUUCUGAUGUAGAAAAGGUAGAUUUAAAGCUAGCUAAAUCUUUAAACUGAUAUAUUCUCACUUGUAUGACAAUUGCAUCAAAUUUCAUUAGGUAUGCUCACAUCCGAAAGUUUGAAAACCAAGGAUGUAUAAGUAAAACGAGAUGACCUUAAUGUGGCACAUAACACUACAGGAAGAUAACUGUACAAAAAGCAGCUGAACGGUUAAUCACGCUCUUUUGUUAAGGAAAUACUUCUCAAUGAUAUUAGAUAUUAUUUUUCAAACUGCUAUACAUUCAAUGAUAUUUUUUCUGAUUAAGUUGAUGGUUCAAGUUUUUUUGGGAUUUUUAAAAAAAAUUGUCAAAUGUUCAAAAGGAAUAUCUUGUCAAAAUUACAUGAAAAUUAAACAAACCAAAUAAUUGUAUUCAGGGUUUUUGAUUCCACCUAAAUGAGUAAAUAAUUUGUGUUUUUAAAAUUAUUAAAAAAAAAACCCUCAAAAUACUGUAGACAAUGGAUCUAGUUUGUCCCUUAACUUUCUACUGUUGUUAAAACUAUUAGGAGAUAGUCAGACAUCUCCUGUAUAUAUACUCAACCAUGGUGAACGGACAUGUAUGAGUUUAUUUAAUUUUUAAGUUAGAUGAUAUUAUGUGUAAUUCAAGUUAUUAAUCCCCUAACCCAUAGCUGCAAAUGUAAAUGUUGCAUGUAUAAUCGUUAACACUAUGUAGUUGUUUUUUUACUUUUUCCAGGUAUUAAUUAUGUUUGUUGUGUUUUUUUCAAUUACAAAUAAAAUAUACAUUUUUUG